AUGUCAUCGCAAUACCCACUCCCUGAGUUGUGGACUCACGUCGUCCGCAACAAUAAGAAGGGCAAACAGAAGCAACAACAACAGAACGUCUCGUUCAACCCUACUCUGAUCACCCCUCCAGUUUCGCCUGCAGAUUCAAGCCAGAACGUUUCUGCAGCAAACUCAACUCCAGCACCUAUUGCUAUGGUACGCCCAUUCAUGAAAGGAGUAGAAGAGGAUGCCGUCUUUAUCGACUUGGCAACGGUGCAGAAUCGAAAUUUAUUAGACAAGGCUUUUGUCAAGUUUAAUGAAGAAGCGGAAAGGACAGAUAUGUAUGAAGACUUUCUUGGAUACAGAAAACAAACUCGACAAUACCUCGGCCACCACUAUUUGGAAACGCUGUGGCUUCCAACCUCUGCAGGCCGCAAGCACCUCAUCGAGAAUGGAAUCACCUUGGAGGAUGGGACCUACCUCAAAGGAUUUCCCUCUUUUCCUGAAGAUGCCAAUAUUGUCCGCGUAACGAUGGAGAAGCUUCCCUUUCUUCCAGCUGUGCAACUAAAGAAGGAAAUGGCUGAACGCUUCUCUUGCUUCGGAGAUGUCUUGGAUCAUGGAAUUUUCAAGACGGAGAAUGGGAUCUUCCAGGGGGGAAGGAAGCCUGAUCAUUGUCGUGCCGAUUGUCCAGAUUAUCACAAAUGGGCAAUUUGCUACCACUGCAACAAACAUGGCCACGUUCCGAAAAAUUGUGAUAGGAACAACGCAGAAUCGGUUCCAGCAAAGGUCCGUGCAGUUGAGAAAUCUCCUGCUAAGCCCAGGAAACAAAAGGGAGCCAAGCCCACUCCUCCAAAGAGAACCGAUUCUGAACGUCGAAGCAAACCAGUAGAAGACAAGGACCAUAUCAUGCCGGAUGCUUCUCAACCUAAUGCUGGUUCAUCCACCCCUGAAGCUUCUCAACAACAAACCAAAAUGACUGGAAACACCAUUAUGGAAGAGAACAACACGAAUAGGAAGUUGUCUGAUGCGGAUGCAUUAAACAGUGUUUCCAAGGAUGUGCGCAGAUCUCAUCCUGGAUUUGAUCCCUCAAAAGCAGAGAAGAAUGAUGCCAAACGCAUGUCUGGUGAUGAUACGGAUACGAUUGUUAGGAAUUUGACUCCACCUGCACCUUCAGAAUAUGAUAUACUGGUGUUACAAGAAACUCAUGCUACCAACACAUUAUCAAUAGAUAUACUCAACAAUCAUUUUAACAGCAAAUCAAGUCUCUGGACACAACAUUGCGGCAUCAUAGCACUCAACAAACAUUAUACAAUCAAUCUUAUAUUGGAAGGCAUUGAUGGGGGACGCUACAUUCUGGCUUCUGUUCACCAUACUCGAGAUAUACAGGAUUCUACGACUACUACACCAAUUGCAACUAUUCUCAACAUUUACGGUCGGGCGUCACUUUCUUCGUAUCGAUCAGCAUUAUAUACAGAGCUCCUGGGCAUUCCUAUUGUCCAGGAAACAAUUACAAACAUACUAUCCCCUACCUUCAUCAUGGGGGAUUUUAACUACCAGUACAAAGAUCGCAGACUGGAUGAAACACUGGCUUGUGCCCCUAAGGAAUGUACGGAUCUUUUAGAUGACUACUAUAUUGAUAUAUUUGGUGAUGACAAGCAGAUGACUUGGCAUAGCGGGAGGUCCUUGGCCAUCUUGGAUUAUGUGUUUUGCAGCACAAAUGCACAUCACCAAAUUACUAGCUUCAACCAACAAUAUCUUUCUCAGGAAUGGACGGAUCAUGAACUACUAGGCUUUUCCUUCCAAUACCAGGACAUUAAUGGGCGUGGACCUGGCAGCUGGAAGGCCAACCCGUUCUUGGCCCGUAACCAACAAUUCCGCAAGGCGUAG